AUAAAUAAACAAGGAAAGAAAGAGGAGAGCGUCGCGUGUUUGUUGUUGGUGGUGAGUGUUGAUUUGUUUUCCACUGUCAGAAGGCGACAUUACAGUUUAAAGCAGCAUGGAUCCCAGCACCACCAUUCUGCGGGUGAAGCGCAAGAGAGGCACCGAGCCGGCGGACGCGCUGCUGUUGGCCUGUAAGCGGAUCCGCGCUGAGUGCAGCGCCGCACAGCCUGCAGCAGAACCCGGCCAGCAAACCGAGUCAGAGCCUGCCAGCGUAGAAAACUCCGUCUUCAAACUAGUGGCUACUGUGGCCUCACAGGACGCUCCAGUACAUACACAUGUACGUGAGGCUCUAUCACGUCCACGCAUAGCACAUGCCCUGCGGCCAUCUCAUGGCAGCUCCCAGAGGAUCAUCGGUGAUUUGCGCAGUGCUAAAUGGAACACCAGGCGAGAGGAACGUUACAGGAUUCUCUCCAGUCAACGGGCUGGGCUUCCAGCAGAGCCAGCCACAGCUAAAGAGAAAACACCUCAAGUAAAUAGUGAUGAGACUGAAACGGAGCCCCGUUUAAAUUUGGGAGAUGUGCAAGUGUUUGAUAUAGUUCAGGAGGAUGCCGAGGAAGAUGACAAAUCUCACGGAAAGAAUUUGAAGGCCGACACUGAGACAAUCCUGUGUAAUUCAGUGAAGAUGAUCCGUGAGAAGCUGACCGUGUCAUCCGAUAGCGCUGGGACUGAACAUCGUGAGAAGGAGGAUGAUUACGUUUAUGAUCUAUACUACCAGGAAACAGCCACGCCAGGCUGGAUACAGGACAUCUUGUCAGUCAGACCAUAUACAGAUGAAGGAGAGCUGGUUCCUGAUGAGGUAGCUUGGGAGGAGGAGGUGUAUGAGGAUGAAGAUGAUGAAAAUGCUGAAGCCAACUGGAGGAACGACUAUCCAGAUGAAGAAAACAGUGAUGACAACAGUGAUGAUGAGCGCUAUGGAGGUUGCUGGAGUGAGGAGCAUUCGUACAGCCGGAGAAGCUGGGAGCGCUAUAAAAAAGAGGUGAUGAAGGAGCUUGAUGAGGACGACAAUGACGAUGAAGAAGACAGAGAUUACAAUUCUGAUUGAUUGUUUUAAGGUGUUCUGAGUAUGAGAGGUGUUUGUAUUUCACUGAAACUGUGUGCCGUUUUGUUUAAAGUGAAUGUAUGGUAGAUAAUGCUUAAUAAUAUGGGUGCUUUGCAUUGUUAGUAAGAGAUGAUACUGUGUCCACGACUGUCUUGUGCAUGAUAGUAUGAUCAGAAGUGUGUUUGCUAGCAGUUAUGAGCGUGUAAGUGUGGAGUGAAUCAUGUUGUCUGUGUGUGUGGUUGUACAAUUUGUAUUAACAUUCCCUGUUUCCAAAGGGUUAUACCUGUAAAUAUGUAGAUGUGUAUAAAAUAAAGGAACAUUCAAAAUCCAAA